AGAGAGAGAGAGAGAGAGAGAAAUACGUUUGCGCGGACAAGCGGUUCGGAGGCAGUUCGAGGAAAGCCAGGCUGCCCGAAACGAGCCCUACUGCACGGAGAAUGCGAAACGUUUCCAGACACAAAUAUAUAAAUCCGGCCCACUUUAUACUGCUGCGGAGGCGGAUUUAAAAAGAGGAAACGUAAAAAAGCCGGAGAUAGGUGGCUGGUCUACCUGGGCUCAGGAACGGAUGCGCAGGGUAGUACUGAGAUGUGAGCGAUGCCGCCGGCAUUGAGGAGGAUGCCGAUCGUGCCAUCUGCAAACGGACUGACAGGCUGAUCCGGGGUGAUCCACACAAAGAACAGCCUACUCUGUAAGUGCGCGAAGUUUGCCCAUGGCGCUGGUGAUGGAGCCGGUGAGCAAGUGGACUCCGGGCCAGGUGGUGGACUGGAUGAAAGGCCUGGACGACUGCCUGCAGCAGUACAUUAAGAACUUUGAACGGGAGCAAGUGGGUGGAGACCAGUUGUUACGUAUCACGCACCAGGAAUUGGAGGACUUGGGUGUGUCACGGAUUGGCCAUCAGGAGCUCAUCCUGGAGGCUGUGGACCUACUAUGUGCACUGAACUACGGGCUGGAGACAGAGAACCUGAAGACACUGUCCCACAAGCUGAAUGCCUCAGCCAAGAACCUGCAGAACUUUAUCACGGGCCGGCGGCGCAGCGGGCACUAUGAUGGGCGCAGCGCACGAAAGCUGCCCAACGACUUCCUGACGUCUGUGGUGGACCUCAUUGGCGCUGCCAAGAGCCUGCUGGCCUGGCUGGACAGAUGCUACCUGUUUUUCAGAUCUCCCUUUGCUGCAGUAACAGAUUACUCAGUGACCCGGAACAGUGUCAUCCAACUGUGCCUGGAGCUCACCACCAUCGUGCAACAGGAUUGUACUGUGUAUGAAACAGAGAACAAAAUCCUGCAUGUGUGUAAGACGCUGUCCGGGGUCUGCGACCACAUCAUAUCCCUGUCCUCUGACCCUGUGGUCUCUCAGUCCGCCCACCUGGAGGUGGUCCAGUUGUCCAACAUCAAGCCCACAGACGGACUGGGCAUGUAUAUAAAAUCUACAUAUGAUGGCCUCCAUGUCAUCACAGGGACGACUGAAGGGUCUCCUGCUGAUCGCUGCAAGAAGAUCCAUGCGGGCGAUGAGGUCAUUCAGGUGAACCAGCAGACUGUGGUGGGCUGGCAGUUGAGGAACUUGGUGAGCUCUCUGCGUGCGGAUCCCAGCGGUGUGUUGCUGACUCUGAAAAAGCGGCCCCAGAGCACUCUGGGUGCAGCUCCCGCCUUGCUAAAGAACAUGCGAUGGAAGCCGCUGGCCCUGCAGCCUAUUAUUCCCAAGAGUCCCACCAGCAGCGUUGCCACACCCUCCAGCACCAUCAGCACCCCUUCCAAGCGAGACUCUGCCCUGCAAGACCUGUUCAUUCCCCCUCCGCCAGCAGAACCCUACAUACCCAGGGACGAGCAGGGUAACCUGCCUGGGGAUGACCUGUUCCGUCACCAUGGUGGUAUCCCAGUUGCCAAGGGCUCUGAGUCCCCCAACUCCUUCCUGGACCAGGAGUAUCGCAAGCGCUUCCCUCUGGGGGAGGAGGAGGCCAUGCUCUACUGCUAUGAGUAUGACAAAAGCCGGGGCACCCCGCCCGGGCACCGGGAUGGCACGCCCACCUAUGGCCGGUUAAGGCCCAUCUCCAUGCCUGUGGAAUACAGCUGGGUGCCAGACUAUGAGGAUCCAGCCAAACUGAAGAGAGAGGGCAGGAGAGAGAAUUCAAUGUUGCGGUACGUGAGUGAGGAGCGGGUGCCAAGUGAGGAGCGCCACACCCGCAGUGGCCGGCGUGUGAAGCGCAAGGGUGAGAAGAGUGGCAGCCCUGGGCGCUACACCCUGCUGCCCUCCCUGCAGAUGGAGGUGCGCAGGCAGGAGUCUAUGUCCACCCCCAGCCCGGACUCACCCUCCCUCUACCAGAGCUUCCAGCAGUCCUCACUGCCGUCCAAGUCCAAGAAGAAGAGCAAAGCUGGACCCCCAGCCUCCAUCAGCAAGCGUCGGGUGUCCUGCCGGGACCUUGGCCGUGGUGACUGCGAGGGUUGGCUCUGGAAGAAGAGGGAUGCCAAGAGCUACUUCUCUCAGAAGUGGAAGAAGUACUGGUUUGUGCUGAAGGACUCCUGCCUCUACUGGUACAUGAACGAGGAGGAUGAAAAGGCCGAGGGCUUCAUCAGUCUCCCGGAGUUUAAGAUUGACCGGGCGAGCGAGUGCCGCAAGAAGUAUGCCUUCAAGGCCUGUCACCCCAAAAUUAAGAGCUUCUACUUCGCUGCAGAUGGUGUGGAUGACAUGAACAGGUGGCUGAGUCGCCUGAACAUGGCGGCAGCAGGCUAUGUAGAGUGCGAGCGGAUCAGGCAGGACCAGGGAGACCGGGCAGAUUAUUGGAGUGAGAGCGAGCAGGAAGAAAACGACAUGCCAUCAACGCCCAAGCAGGACAGCCCGCCCCCCCCAUAUGACACGUACCCCCGCCCACCAUCGAUGAGCUGCGCCAGCCCCUACCUGGAGCCCAAGCAUGCCCGGCUCUCCUCCACUGAGACAUCACAGUCGCGCUCGUCUCACGAGGAGUUCCGUUCUGAGCCACUGGGGGGCAGCAGCAGCGGUGGUGUCUCUCCGGCACGCAAGUCGGCCAGCCAGCGGCGCUCAUGGCAGGACCUGAUUGAGACACCGCUGACCAGUGCGGGGCUGCAUUACCUGCAGACGUUACCCCUAGAGGAUGCUGUGUUUGGGGAGCCAGGGGGUGGGGUUUCCCCUGAGGGACGCCGCCAGUCCACACUGCCAGCCCAGCGCAGCUUGCUUCAGGACCACUAUGGACCCUUCCCCAUGGCAGGGGGUGAGAACCUGCUGAAGCUGCCUGGGGGAGGAGUGAAGCCACGCAGUUACACCCUGCCCCGCGAUGGUAGCCUCCACACCAUUCUUAGCCCAUCUGCCAACACUGAACAAAGUGAUAUACACAAGCUCCAGCAGGGCCGGGACCACGAGAGGGACUCAGGCAGCGAGCAGGACGGUGGCCAGAGGGCAGACUCGCUGCGGGACCUGUACUUGGCUCUGGAGCGGGCCAGUCUGUCACCCUUGGGGCAGCUGCGGCCCUCUACACGGCUGGAGUACCGGCGUUCCUUCUUGCAGCGCAGCAGUGACCCCCAGCUCAAUGACAAGCUGCACCGCCUGCGUGUCCUGCAGAGCACGCUCAAGGACAGGGAGGGUGAGAUGGCUUUGAUCAACAAGCUCCUGGCCAAUCCCAAUCUCACGUCCUCCGACUUCCAGGAGUGGAAGAGGAUGUACCAGGAGAUGUUCAUGGAGGCACCCCAGGCCCUUGCCCCAUCGGAGCGGGAAGCUGCCCCCCCCCGACCCGCCACGCUGUCCCACACCCACUCCUACAUUGAGACGCACGUGUGAGCCACUGGAUUAUUCCCUCCGUGACAGCCAUGAGACUCCUGGGGGGUUACUGGCUGUCCCUGUGCUGUAGAUAAACGCUAGCCACCCCUCCCCCCUUGGAGAGGGUGGUGCAGGGCUGGGAGGCACUCUGAAUCUGAGUGAUUCUCCUGUGAUUCCUUGUGGGGGGUGCUGGGUAUGUCCCUGUGAUGGCCUCGGGCUGGUCCUGCCAUGACGGCCUAGAGCAUCCUUCCUGUUUACCUCACUGCAGGACAGUUUGUUAUUCAAGUCCUUUUAUUGUGUUUGCCAACAUGCGGCUAUUAAUAUGCUGAUUUUUAGCACCUUCACUAUAGUUGCCAGUAAUGUUGCGUUUUCCUCAGUUUGACCUGACAUUGUCCCGUUAUGCCCAGCUCACUGGCUCCACUUCUUUGCUGGGGGGGGGGCAAAGGGCAUGAGGCUUUGCUGUGUUUAAGGACCUGAGCAGCGUGAGUCUCUGUUAACAUGCUGACUCCUCGUUAGCAACGCCCCUGUGAAGCCCCGGCCUCCCCCAGUGGUCGCCUGCCUGUGACAGAUGGCGUUCAGCAUCCGUGUCGGGGGGGGGGGGGGGG